UUUGGAAGGUGGGGCUGGGUUCUAUUUGUGCUGCGUAGCUGUUGCUGGUCUAGUCCUCGCUAGUGACCGCUUCAGCCACUCCAGGACAAAGACAAAAGUCGCCACACCAGGAAAAUGGCUGACGGAUUUUCUCUUAAUGAUGCCUUAUCUGCAUCUGGACAUCCAAACCCACAAGGUUGGCCCCAAGGUCCUUGGGGAAACCAGCCCGCUGGUACUGCAGCAUACCCAGGAUAUCCUGGAGCCUACCCUGGUGCAGGAGCACCUGGGGCCUACCCUGGUGCAGGAGCACCUGGGGCCUACCCUGGUGCAGGAGCACCUGGGGCCUAUCCUGGUUCAGGAGCACCUGGGGCCUAUCCUGGUUCAGGAGCACCUGGGGCCUACCCUGGUCCAACAGCGCCUGGAGCCUAUCCAGCUCCAGGACAGCCUAGUGCUCCUGGAGCUUAUCCGCAUUCAGGGACCAUGGGUGGACCAACAGCUCCUAUGGGAGGCCCACUGAUGGUGCCUUAUGAUCUUCCCUUGCCAGGAGGAAUUAUGCCUCGCAUGCUAAUAACCAUUAUCGGCACAACAAAACCCAAUGCAAACAAACUUACGUUGGAUUUCAAGAAAGGGAAUGAUGUGGCCUUCCACUUCAAUCCUCGCUUCAAUGAAGGUGGCAGACGAGUAAUUGUCUGUAAUUCAAAAUUCAGCAAUAACUGGGGAACGGAGGAAAGACAUGCUACAUUCCCAUUUGAAGCUGGCAAGCCAUUCAAAAUUCAAGUUCUCAUUGAGGCUGAUCAUUUCAAGGUUGCAGUCAAUGAUGCCCACUUGUUGCAGUACAAUCAUCGAAUGAAAAAUUUCCAUGAGAUCAACAAGCUGGGCAUUUCUGGUGAUGUUAACCUUACCAACACCUCAUAUACUAUGAUAUAAAUUUGAAGGAUCAGAAAUACUUUUAAAGGAAUUUUCCUGUAAAACAUAUUCUUAAGCGCUUCCUGCUUGUUAUGGGAGAAAUUUUAAAGGUACCAAUACUCCAUUAUUUUCUUUGUCAUAGCCAUACAAAAUUUAAUAAAUGUUCUUUCACUAAGUAUAA